CCGAGGAGGCCAAGGCCUUUGUGAGCACCUUCCUGAAGCGCAGCAUGCCCAAGAUGAAAGACGAAGCGAUCCAGGACAUGCUGACUCGCAAAGCUGUCGUCCUCGAGCAUUACUCUAAGCAAAAGAAGAAGGGGAAGAGGAAAAAAACAAAAGGUUUUACCGCCAAGGAAAGGCGAGAACUGCGACUUUUUGAAAUUGAGCCCGAAGAGCGAAGAUACGCACUCUUUCUACCACUGCAUGAACUCUGGAAACAGUAUAUCAGAGACCUGUGUUAUGGACUUAAACCAGAUGCACAACCACAGAUGGUUCAGGGCAAACUGCUGAAAGCUGAUCUCCAUGGCGCUAUCAUUACAGUAACAAAAUCAAAGUGUCCCUCUUAUGUUGGAAUAACAGGAAUCAUUCUACAAGAAAUGAAACAUGUCUUCAAAAUUAUCACCAAAGAUGACAAACUAAAAGUUGUUCCCAAACUCAACAAUGUGUUUAGCUUGGAGAUUGAUGGAUUUAUUUCCUACAUCUAUGGAAGCAAGUUCCAGUUCAGAGCAAGCGAGCGAUCUGCAAAGAAGUUCAAGUUGAAAGGAACUAUUGACCUAUGAUUUCAUGGAAAUGCAGAA